AUGACUGUUUUGUUUAAGCUUUCCUUGAAAUCUUUGGCCUUUGAUGCGUUGAUUACACCAGACAAGGAAAGUGGCUUAAGCCGCCUGCAAUCAGCUUGUAUCGAAGGAGAUGUGGAAACUUUUACGGCGAUCCAGAGUAACAGUCCCAGCAAACUGGACAGUUUUGUAGCUCUGAAUGUCAAGAUCAGAGCCAACUCGUUAUAUUUUCCUAGUAAAUCCGUGUGGGCCGUGUUGAUAUUACAGCAGUCCCCAAGACAUAGGCAGAUCUUCACGCGUGUCGAAACAAUCUGUCAGGAGUUUCACUCUCAGUCCCUGCUUCACUUGACUGCAAGGGAAGGACAGGUUCAUCACCUUCGAAGACUGUUGGAUUGCGGCGCGCUUGUUGAUGGUUUGGAGAAUGAUUGGGAUGAACCACAGCAGACACCUCUUAUGUUGGCUGCCAAAUUUAAUGACGAGGAGGUUGUAGAAUUUCUUAUCGAAAGAGGUGCCUCUCUAGAAAUGCGAGAUGAUCAGGAUCGCACUCCAUUUCAUUAUGCUGCUGAAGGUGGAAAAGUGAGAAAUCUUUUACGACUGAUCGAGCAUGGUGUUGAUGUUUUGCAAAAGGAUGAACAUGGUUACUCAGCUUUACAUUUGGCUGCUUCAAACGGCCAUACAAAUUCCGUUCGGCUGCUCAUCGAACAUGGUGCUGACGUCAAUGAAUUUACGAGUUCCUUAGAUGAGCCUGGGUACACUCCUCUCAUGUUAGCUGCUGAAAAGGGAAACCUGCAAACUGUUCAGGUUUUGCUACAAAAUGCAGGAGACCCACACAGAGGAAAUGAAAUGGCAUGGUUGCCAUUGCAUUUUGCCGCUAAAGGAGACCAUACAGAAAUGGUUAAAUUCCUUCUUGAACAUGAUGGAAAUGUGUUAGCUGCGACGGCCUGCGGGAAAACCGUCCUUCACCUGGCCACAAGGUUAGAUCUGGUAAUGAUUCUUGUCUAUCGUGGAGCUAACAUCCAAGCUAAAGAUAUCCUCGGAAGAACGCCGUUGCAUGUGGCUGCUGAAAAGGGACAAAGCGACACAGUGAAUUAUCUUCUAGACCAUGGUGCUGAUGUUAACUCUAGAGACAGGAAUGGAUUGUUGGCCCUGUACUGUGCCCUAAAAGGAGGUCAUGCUACCACAGCUAAGUUUCUGAUGGACAGAGGCAGCGAAUCCUUGCUUUCAAAUGAUCCAAACCUAUUGGGGUCUUAUGAAGCUGACUUGUUACAAUCCUCUGCCAGAGAGGGUUUAGUAGAUAUUGUAGAAUUCCUUUUAAACAGUGGUGUAUAUGUGGAUGCCGUCCCUAGCAACGGUGAUUCCUUGCUGACUCCUCUUGAGGAAGCGGCAAGCACUGGACAUUGUGAUGUGGUGACUAUACUCCUAGAACAAGGAGCCGACAUUAAUGGGAAUGUUAGCUCCAGAAGAGAACGUCUACGAGAAAGGCAAAUAGAGUCGUUCUCAUGGGAGGAUAGAUACUACUUGGAGAACAUAUGUCCCUUAUUUGCCGCCCUGCACGCAGGCCAAGGUGAAGUGGCUAAACUUCUAUUGGAGCGUGGAGCUAAUAUUUCAAACUUAAAAUGUGGUUCACUCCAAGCUUUAAGCGAUCUUGCUGCUGAGCAUGGUCUUUUCGAUGUUCUUAAAUUACUUGAUAAUUACGCACUCGACGACAUGGAAGGUUACCGUUUAAAAGGUGGAGAUACGAUUUUAACGUCGGCUGUAGGUCGCAUGGAUUUUCCGUUAGUUUCUCACCUUCUGCAAAACGGCAUGGAUGUAAAUAAAAAGAAUGAAUUUGGAAAUACGGCCCUCCAUAUCAUUUUCCUCAGAGGAAUGCAAGAUAAAAAGCCUCAAAAGGCUAUGGAAAUGUUUAAGCUUCUUGUUUCUUUUGGUGCAGAUAUUAACGCCAUUAACAACACAUUUGAAACACCACUGCAUUAUGCAGUAGAUUUUGAAGCAGAGGAAUGUAUUAGCCUUCUACUUGAACUCGACUGUAAAAUAGACUUUGAAGUCCCCCUCAAAGAGUCUCCACUUAUUCUUGCAACCUUGAAAGGGAAAUGCAAACUUGUUGAAGAGUUGCUUCAGUGCGGUGCAGACGUCAACCAAAAAUGCGGUAGAGAUGAACAAACACCGUUACAUGCCGUCGUAAAAAGCUUCAAUCGCCCUGCACUUGCGCAGAUUAUGUUACUACAUGGUGCUGAUUUGGAAACUAAAGACUUUGUAGAAGAAACACCUCUCACUAAAGCAUUAGAGAUGGUAGACGAGGAACUGGUUGAAGUGUUUUUGAACUGGGGUAGCACUGUUAAUACAAUAAACAAAUUUGGUGAAACUACCCUUAUGAAGGCCGUAGAACAUCCUAAAGUAUGGAUCGUGAAGACUUUACUAGAACAUGGAGCCUCAGUUAAUGCAACCGACCAGCGCGGAAGAUCGCCUCUUCAUCAUAUGGCUUCACACGCUGUGGAAGUCUGCAAGCUUCUUCUAGAUAAUGGCUCUUGCGUCAAUAUUACUGAUGACGACGGAGAAACACCUUUACAUCAAGCAACGUAUGAUCCACAAAUCGUGAAGAUACUCCUUGAUCAUACUGCGGACGUGAGAGCUCUAGACAAAAAAAAUCUUACUCCUCUGCAUGCAGCUUCUUACGAAGGUGUUUGUAGAUCUGUUGAGCUGCUGAUUCAAAGUGGUGCUGAUCUAAACGCUGCUGAUAAUCAAGGCUGGACGCCUUUACACAUUGCAGCUGCCGCUGGAAGAUUGGAUACUGUUAGGGUUUUGAUUCAGAAUGGAAGUGAUAUCGCAGCUGUCGUGAAAACUGGUAGAACUGCUCUUCAUCUAGCAGGAAAACGUGGCAGGCGAUCAGUUGUUGAAUUGUUGAUUAAUCAUGGAAGUGACAUAAACUCAAAAGAUUACAGGGGGCAUUCAAUUCUUGGCGCGAUGUUUAAAUGCAGAAGCUCAGAAAUGUUGGACUACGGUAACUGGGACAUUGUAAAGUACUAUCUAGAACACGGCGGUGACAAGUUCGCUGUCGAUGGCGAGACUGGUCGAACAACUCUUCACUUUGCUGCAAGCCAUCAGUUUCUUUCUACUGUUGACGAACUGUUGGACCAGCAAUUGGCACUCGAGGCGAGAGACAAGAACGGAGAAACUCCUUUACACAGGGCAGUUGCAAGUGGAACCGACGAAAUUAUAAAACAUCUCGUGGACAGAGGAGCUGAUGUACGUGCUGUUAACAAAAGAGGGCAGACACCUUUACUUGUUAGUUUAGCCCGUCAUAGGAGUAAUCUUUUACUUAAACACAAACCAAACGUGCAACAAGCAGAUGGUGAUGGUAACACACCCCUUCACCUUGCUAUAUACAAUCCAAGAAAUGCACAAGAAACUUUUUAUGAUCCGUUGCCUUUUUCUACAGACGAUGUAAGCUUUCUGUUAAAAGCGGGUGCCGAUAUUCAUUCCCGAGAUAAGCAAGGAAACACCCCACUUCAUGUUGCAGCCGCGGAAGAUAGAUAUGAGAUUGCAGAACUGCUUAUCAAGGAAGGCAGCAAAGUUAACUCAACGAACGUACGUGGACAAACGUGCCUGCACAUGGCGAGUUAUUCUGGUGCGCUUGAUAUUGUGGAGAUGCUCGUUGCUUAUGGAGCAGAUUUGAAUGUUGUUGAUGAACUGGGAUGUACACCUCUUCACGUUGCAUUGACCUCUCAUCGCUUUUGGCUUGUAGAGCCUCUUUUGAAUCAUGGUAGUAAUCCUAAAGCAGUGGAUUAUAAAGGUUCCACUCCUCUCCACGUGGGCUGCUGUUAUGACGAUGACAAUGACGAGUUGAUGGAAGUCGCUACCAAUGAGGGCUACUGUUUUGUUUCAACAGAUGAGUGGGUGUCAUUGAUGAUCAAUUAUGAAAGGUAA